GGUAGUUGGUCUGUUUAUUUCCGGGGUAUCCGCGUUGCUUGUUUCACAGCGGUUCUCGUACGUCUGCCUUGAAUAUUUGGAGUGGUUGCCGGAUUUAAUUGCUGAGAAAUAAGUCAAUUUCCUGCUAAAUAAUUGUAUCUUAAUCCCCAUAAUGACGGAGGAAGUCCAGAAGCAUUCUGUCCACACUCUGGUCUUCAGGUCUCUGAAAAGGACUCAUGACAUGUUUGUGUCUGACCAUGCUAAGACGAUCUCUCUGGAUGAAGAAAGCCACAAAAUGAAAAUGGGUGUUAAACUGAAAACGGAGUACUCUCCAGUUUUGCACAUGCCUGUUCUGAAGGAGGGUAGAGACAGGGUUUCACAGCUUUCUGGCGGCCAGGAUAUCUACCAGAGCUACGCUCAUCCAGGUGAUGAAGCAGAAUAUCUGAUUACUGGGACACAUGCUUAUCCCUCUGGACCAGGAGUGGCUUUGACAGCCGACACAAAGAUGCACAGGAAUCCCAGUGAGGGAGGAGUGCUCUCCAUGGCGCUGGCUUUACCACCCUCACAAGUCAGGCAGGAGGCAAGUCGCACUGCAGCGAGCGUUGCAGAAAUCCAUCGACAUGCAGGAGGAGCAGAGAGAGUUCACCCUCAGUCCACUUCUGUGUCACUGUUGGAGGGCGGAGGUACCAGAAAUUCUGCGCUCAUGAGGAGAGCACCAACAAUGCCAAAACCACAGUGGCAUCCUCCAUGGAAACUGUUUCGAGUCAUCAGCGGUCACCUCGGCUGGGUAAGGUCCAUAGCAGUGGAACCUGGGAAUCAGUGGUUUGUCACAGGGUCUGCUGAUAGAACUAUAAAGAUCUGGGACCUGGCAAGUGGAAAGCUGAAACUUUCCCUGACCGGACACAUCAGCACAGUGCGUGGCGUGGCAGUGAGCAGCCGCAGCCCCUACCUCUUCUCCUGUGGAGAGGAUAAGCAAGUCAAAUGUUGGGAUCUGGAGUAUAACAAGGUAAUCAGGCAUUACCACGGACACCUCAGUGCUGUGUACAAUUUGGAUCUCCAUCCAACGAUUGAUGUGCUGGUGACAUGCAGCAGAGAUGCUUCAGCAAGGGUGUGGGACAUCAGGACAAAAGCAAACGUGCACACACUCACUGGCCACACCAACACUGUCGCCACAGUGAGAUGCCAGGCUGCUGAACCACAAGUCAUCACAGGCAGCCAUGAUUCAACCAUCAGACUGUGGGAUCUGGUUGCUGGAAAAACCAGAGCGACUUUAACAAACCAUAAAAAGUCUGUCCGAACUCUGGUGCUGCACCCCAGACAGUAUACCUUUGCUUCAGGAUCAGCUGAUAACAUCAAGCAGUGGAUGUUCCCAGAUGGCAGCUUCAUCCAGAAUCUCUCUGGCCACAACGCCAUCAUCAACACACUGGCUGUUAACUCUGAUGGUGUCUUGGUGUCUGGAGCUGACAACGGAACCAUGCACAUGUGGGAUUGGAGGACAGGCUACAACUUCCAGCGGAUUCACGCCGCCGUGCAGCCUGGCUCUCUGGACAGCGAGUCGGGAAUCUUUGCCUGCAUGUUUGACCACUCCGAGAGCCGACUGAUCACUGCAGAGGCUGACAAAACCAUUAAAGUUUACAAAGAAGAUGACACAGCUACUGAAGAAAGCCACCCGGUCAACUGGAAACCAGAAAUCCUCAAGAGAAAACGAUUCUGAAGAUAUGUUUUUUUAUUUCUCAUCCAUCGGUUCAUCCACCAGGUUUUGUUUUGGUCAGGCAAACAGUAUUUCAUUUAUGUGGCUUUAACAGAACCAGUCACAUCUUGACUUGCAUUAUUCUAGAAACCAUUUACAUCAUCAAUGUAUGUUGAGACCAGUAAAAACACCAUCUUGGACUGCCAGAAACCCCCCAGAGUGUUUGUUCUUGAUAGGUUUUGCUCUCCAGUGGCUCUGGUCCCCCAACAGGAGUCACUAUUUAGAUUUAAAGGUGUCUGCUUAUGUGUAAACUUUAUUUUCACUGUGAUCAAACCCUGUCGUAGAAGCCAGAAAACUAACUAGCAGAAGACUGCUAGCUGUACAGAAAUGAAAACUUUGCUUUGUUCCCCCCAUCAUAUUAGGGUUAUUUUGCUCCAUUUGAAUAAAGUCUGCAUUUUUUCACAAA